CUUAAGGGAGUCGCUGCCUUUCCAGCUUCUCUUUAGAUUUAUGCAUCUUAUGUCUACUUCCUUCUAAAGACGAACAGUGCUAGAAUCUCUUUCUUAGAGUUAGCUCAACUGUUAGAAAAUGCCUUGUUCUGAAGCAGCCGGUACCGUCUUUUUGCGGCGUGUUACUACCUCCAUCAGACUGUGCUCCUGGAAUGUGUGCUGCCCUAACUGUAACUGUAUGGACUCUUGCUCAGUAGCAUGGGAGAAGAGGAAGGACUACAUCAAGCACAAUUACUGAGGUUAAACAUGCCAGUAGAAACUCAGGAGAAGCGAGGAGAAACUGCCUCUCCAGUAGGUGAAAUACAACUGUUGAGAUGGUUGCUUCUGUGUGAAGCAGCGGCUCCUGACUUCCAUCAAGUCUGGCAUUUAGUGGAAACCAGGAGCUGGGAGCCCCUGCCUCUCUCAGCUGCCUCUCUGCGAAGCCAUGACUCAUGGACCUGCUCACUCCUGGUUCCUGAGUGUCGCCUUUGGGACCCUGUCCAUGUGUUCCUGACCCUUGUUGUACCACAAUGGCCAUUCUAUAACCUGGACACAAUGUUUAUGCGAGGACUGAAAAGGAAGUGUUUUGAUGGCGAAGAAGAUAUUGAAGGAACUCUGGCUGGUAUUAAGGCUAUUCCUUCAUAUAAUCUUCAGCGACAGUCGCUUUUAGAUAUGUCCUUGGUUAAACUUCAGCUGUGCCACAUGCUGGUCGAACCCAACCUUUGUCGUUCGGUACUUAUUGCCAACACGGUACGCCAGAUCCAAGAGGAAAUGACCCAAGAUGGGACUUGGCAGAUGAUAAAUAUGCAGAAUACAGGCCAGUCAUCCGUGGAUCGUCUUGUUUCAACAGAUAUCCUCUGUCGCUCAUCUAGGGAGCAAGCUGAAGGGAAGCAUGUUCCAGGUUACAGUACUUUCAGUAAAGACUUUGAGGGUGACCAGGCACAAGAUAGUUCAGAAACUAUGUCAACAGCCUCUUCGGUGCAAGCUCUGAGAAACCUGCAAAGUAAUGUGUGGGAAAUGGAGAAUUCACAAGAAAAUAAAGGAAAUUUUCAAAAGUCGUUAGAUCAAAUAUUUGAGACUCUGGAGAACAAAAGUCCUAAUACAGUUGAAGACCUGUUUUCAGAAGUUGACAAUUCUUACUAUGAUCUUGAUACUAUGUUAACAGGCAUGAUGAGCAACACAAAAAUGGGACACUGUGAUGGGCUAGAACCAUUUCCUUCUCCAACAACUACAACUUCUAGCUCUAAUUGUAAAUCUGAUCUUAAUGAGCUUGAUCAUAUUGUAGAAAUCCUUGUUGAAUCCUGAAACUCCUUGUGUAGGAGAUAAAGAUCCGUUAAUGGAAAAAAGACUCAAGAAAGCUAUUUCCACAGUUUGCUCUAUCAAAUCUGCACAUGUAUUUUACAAAUAUCUAUAUAUUAUAUAGAUAUAUAUAUAUUAAAAAAAAAAGCACUUCAUAUUGCAAAAUAGUGUUAACUCCUGAAGUUAACCUGCAACUUGUAGUGUAAUGAUCCAAUCUCUUGUCCACUGAACUGUAAGUACAUACGGUAAAUGUUUUCAAGUAUGUGGUCCAAGGCUUUCAAAUUUGGGUUACUUCUACCAAUUUGUUCUAGCCUUUGGCAGAGGAUAUGCUUAGCGAGAGGGAUUCUCUCAUCCUUCUUUCUUCUUAUCCUUCUCCCGCUGAAAAUGGUAACAAACACAGUGAGAAGUUGGAUAACUGGCUCCCCAUUUUCCUCCAGUUUCCACUUUGCUACACCACAUAACUCCUAUAUUUGCUGCUUCUAAGUCGCUACAUGGCUCUUAAAGAGCAGUAUGCAAUAGUUCCCAUUAUUCUAGCUAGCUUCUCAAUUUUGCUACAUUUUUUUUUACUUUAAAGAUAGUUUCAAAGUGUUUAUUGGUGUUUAGAAUUUUCCAGGUAUUUUCCUAAAAUAUAUUUUUACUACAGAUGCUGUGUCAGCUGCUAACUUAGCAACUUUGGAUCCUAUCUGCAGUUGAUGUAUUUUUUGAAAGGUUUUCAAAAAGGGAUGUUUUUUUACUGUGAGCUACCCGACGUAGUUCAGUAAAGUGUAUGUAAAUGUAAAUAUACAAUUUUAUACUUUACAUUAAAAUGUAAGAGCUGUUUUCAUGGUUCUGUUUUAUAGAGUAGUACUUUACUAAAUUGAGAAUUGUACUGUUAUGCUUUUUAUACCCCAUAUACUUGGUUGUCGUUUGAGGAAGAGCUCUGAUCCAACUAGAGACAAUUACAUUCAAUUCAUUUCAGACCGUAUUUUUUCUUAACUACAAACCUAAAUUACUUAGGAUUUUAUUUAUGUGUAUUUAUAUGUAAAUGUCAUCAAGUGAAUUGUCUGUCACUGAAAUCUACCAUCAAAUAUUUGUUUAUAUGGGUUAACUAUCUUGCACUAAUUACUACAAAAAGUGUUACUAGCGGCCUUUAAAUCUCAACUGAUAUGUCUCCAUGUCUUGUCAUAAUUAGUGUGCUCCGCUCCUAAAUGACUUUCCUCUUGCUUUUUUUUGUGUUUGUUUUUUUUUUUAAAUAACAAAAGAGAAUACAACA